AUGGUUUUUCUGACCCUCCCUCUCGGGAUACAAGGGAUGGUCAUUCCUCGUGUAUCAUUGAUUAGAGAUCUGGCCGCUCUGUGGCAGGGGCAGUCAUGCCGGUCAAUCCAUCGCCUGUGCGAUAUGAAAACACGCGAGCGGUGCUACCAGAUCCGUGUCGGCCCGGAAGACCACAGCAUCAACAAGACGUUCGACCUCGUGAUGGAGAUCCUCAAGAGCCCUAAGCUGGGAAACUAUGUACGGGAGAUCGUGCAGACUAGACAGCCCAGCAAGGAGCGCCACUACGUCCAGACGGCAGAGCAGCGGAAGCUCAGUGCGGGCGAUAGGGCUCUGCUCCACGCGGCUGUGCAGAACGCAGGUUUUGCCGGCGCCCAAGAAAGCGCGGUGCUCAACAUGCUCAUGCAAAACAGCACGGACCCUCCAGGCCAAACCAUUCCUAGGAAUCCUGUUGGAUUUCCAAAAACCGCUUAUGGAUCCAACCUGGCUCACCAGACGAGCAGCCAUGGUCACAUUCAUGGGACCUUCAUUGCGCAGGCGUUGGCCGCGAUUCUCAUCUCAGUGUCACCCAAUCUGGAGUCCCUAGUGAUGACACAACCUUUCAGUCUAUUUCCUGGAUUUGACAGGGGUAGCGAGAUACCAGAAGAGGAUAAGGUUCAUUUCCCCCUCAAAGAACUUCUCCGUCGGGCCAACGCAAACCCGGCGAAUACUCCAUACCUUCAAAAUCUUCGCAAGGUGUACAUGAUAGUCGACGAUAGACACUCGCAUGGCCAUUAUUACAUGGCCAUCGAUUUCCUGGAAUGCACAACCUUUUUCGACCGCCUCCCAUCUAUUGAAUCCCUGAGCACCGAUGCCCUCUGCGAUGAUGACGAAUGCUACGCGCGCGUAUUACUCGAGCCCAGAUCGUCCAAUAUUAGCAGAAUCCAUAUCCAUCACUCUUCCCUCCCAACCAAGUUUCUUAUCUCUCUCGCUCAGUCCUGCAAAGUACUGCGAGAAUUUCACUACACCAUCGGUGGCCGGUGCAUUUUAGGAGGUUGGAGCACGCCGUUCAAUGCCAAGACCUUCAUCCAAUCAAUUUGUCCGCACAAAGACACAUUGGAAGUCCUGGACAUCGACGCCGAGCAUGAGAUGGUCUAUUUCUGCCCACCCUUUUUUGAUCAGGGUCGGGUUGACGUGGAAAUUGAUAAAGACGCGCUCCCAAGUGAUGAUGAGGGGGAUGAGGAUGAACGCCAAGUACUCCGGUCCAUCUCGAGUAAUAGCUGCUCACUGAGGGAAUUCAGAGCCCUGAAGCAAUUGAGUGUGGGCAUCGGCUUUUUGGUAUAUUUUGCCAUGGGUGUCAGGGAAAAUAACGAGCCAAGACAACCAUUUCUGCUACCAGGGGCUCUCCCUGAUAGUCUGGAAUAUCUUUGCAUUCGGGGGUACGAGAAAGGGAAGUGCGAGGUGUGGGAUACACAUAUUGAUGCCUUGGUCUCGGCCAUUGACUCGGGUUUAUUGGGGAUCAAGGAGAUCACGGGGAUUGAGGAAGUCAUUCCCAAUGCCCAAGAUUUGGAUGAUACAGGCAACAACGAAGACUUGUUGUGGACUCCGACAUAUAGUGUUCACAACUAG